GCGCCAUGAGGCUGCUGUAUAUGCGUCUCUCCACGGUGAUAGGUCGGUUCCAGAAGGACAGGACAUCCCCAUAGCGCACUUUCCCCCACUAUUCACACGUUAUAUACCAUUAGUACGGUUCGGGACAUCAGUAAGCGAUGAUGAACGGUCAGAUGAACGGGUUCCACAACUCCCUGAUCGAGGAGGACUGCUUCUUGUUCACCUCGGAGUCGGUCGGAGAAGGACAUCCCGACAAAAUCUGUGAUCAGAUCAGUGAUGCAGUCCUAGAUGCUCAUCUCAAGCAAGACCCAGAUGCCAAAGUCGCUUGUGAAACGGUUGCCAAGACGGGGAUGAUCCUGCUGGCGGGGGAGGUGACCUCACGGGCCACCGUAGACUACCAAAAGGUGGUGCGGGACACCAUCCGCCACAUCGGAUAUGACGAUUCCUCCAAGGGCUUCGACUACAAGACCUGCAAUGUUCUGGUGGCGUUGGAGCAGCAGUCUCCGGACAUUGCCCAGGGGGUUCACAUCGACCGCAAUGAGGAGGACAUCGGCGCAGGGGACCAGGGGCUGAUGUUUGGCUACGCCACGGACGAGACGGAGGAGUGCAUGCCCCUCACCAUCGUCCUGGCCCACAAGCUCAACGCCAAGCUGGCCGAGCUGAGGCGUGACGGGACCCUGCCCUGGCUCCGGCCCGAUUCCAAGACCCAGGUGACGGUCCAGUACCGGCAGGACCGGGGCGCCAUGCUCCCGGUGCGCGUGCACACAGUGGUGGUCUCCGUGCAGCACGACGAGGACAUCUACCUGGACGAGAUGAGGGAAGCCCUUAAGGAGAAGGUGGUCAAGGCAGUGGUUCCCUGCAAAUACCUGGACGACGACACCAUUUACCACCUGCAGCCCAGCGGCCGCUUCGUCAUCGGGGGCCCGCAGGGUGACGCCGGCCUGACGGGCCGUAAGAUCAUCGUGGACACCUAUGGGGGCUGGGGGGCCCACGGCGGGGGGGCCUUCUCUGGAAAGGACUACACCAAGGUGGACCGCUCGGCAGCGUAUGCGGCCCGAUGGGUGGCCAAGUCCCUGGUCAAGGCGGAGCUCUGUCGCAGAGUCCUGGUGCAGGUUGCCUAUGCCAUCGGAGUGGCCCAUCCCCUCUCCAUCUCCAUCUUCCACUACGGGACAUCCAAAAAGAGCGAGCGAGAGCUGCUCGAAGUGGUGAAGAAGAACUUUGACCUGCGGCCUGGGGUCAUCGUCAGGGAGCUGGAUCUGAAGAAGCCCAUGUAUCAGAGGACCGCAGCCUAUGGCCACUUUGGCCGAGACUCCUUCCCAUGGGAGGUUCCAAAAAAACUAAAAUACUAAACCGUGUCAAGCUUUUCCCCCCAGGCUUGUUGGUGUAUACUACAGAGAAGCCUCCAAGACCCAGGGGGACAGGCCCUCACUUCAUUAUGGCAGCAUUAGCCUCCUCCCUCACGCUUUCCGCUCUUGUUUAGUUCUUCUCGGUCUUCUUCUCUUUAGCUGUCGGUACUGUCGCUCUUGACCCUAGGAGAUGUGCGUCAGUAAUGUCAGAACAGUUGCAGAUGAAACAUGCAGUGCAUCGCUGCUCCCCUCCCACUGCACACUCCCCAGUCCCCACUCCCAAGCCUCCCAGUUAAACGCUCCUUCGAAGAAGAGGGGCCACAGUGUUGGCAUCCAGUAGUUGAGGCGGUCUUCCCCUGCAUAGCGUCUCUGUCCCUUGUGGUGGAUUCUAUGUGCGUACCUCCUUUCGGUAUUUAUAUUGGUUUUAAACUGGUGCUACUCGUGUAAGGGGUACUAUGGGCAUCUCAAUUUGGCUUACCUUAAAGUUGAGAUGCCGUGCAUAGUCUUUAUGAGCAUUCCUCCUGGCAGUUAUUUUAGCUUGGCUGUUCAGCCCCCCCCCCCCCCCGACCUCUCACAUCGUGGAGGAUGCCUGAAGAGCACCAUGGAAGUAAGGCUGGCUCCGGUUUUUGUUAAUUUAAUGACAACGGGAACUAUGCUAUGCAUUGUUGAGCACAGGAGGCCUCGGUUGCUGAGCUCCUAGCGAGCGUCGCCGCAGACGCCCCAUCGAGACCACUGCGGUUUUCUGAUGUAAUACAGAAAAAUCAGAAGCUGCUAUGCCACUGCUGUGGUCUGAUGGAGGCAUCUGCUCUACUUGAUUUGGUGAGGAAACUAGUAAAUCAGAUGCAUUAUCCUUGACACGACUUUUUAUAAAAAAGUUGUUACAACUCCCAAGUUUGCAAGGGCAUUGAUUUAUAUAUUUUCUUCCUUGCACAUAUCGGUGGUUGGCGUUCCUCUGCAGAAGCCCGUCUCAUCCACCACCUAGUGUUUAGUAUUUAUUUAGGGUCUGGAGCUUGGUGUGGAUACAGAGAAGCCAAGCUCUCAGAUGGUAGCUUUAAACAAUCAAGGAUCAAUUAUCUGCUGUUGUCACGACAACUUUUAAACUCAAACGUAGUGGUUCCAAAGUGUCCUACAGAAAGCUUUGGUAUGCCACCGUCUACAUGUACGGGGGGGGGGGGACCAGAUCAUUUUGAUAUUUGUGCAGGUUUUUUAUUUUUGAAGGAGUCACACAAAUGGCCUGUAGGUUAUUACUUGCCCCUCUCGGAUCUGCUCUGUGAUUGGCUAACAUUUGGCUGGUGUUGUACAGAGAAACCAGCCUUGUUUACACAGCCCUCACUCAUGCAGGAAGGUGGUUUUAGUGUUUUGGCUUGAACCAUUCAGAGAUCGUCCCAUUGGCUACAGCAAGUGCACGAGUGCCUUUUCUAUUUCCUCUAUCCCCUCCAUUUGCUGAACCUCUUAUCAACAUGCGUCCGACUCAGAGGAGCAGGUAGCUUAACCUUACAAUGUGCUUCAUGUCUAGAGAUUUGCGUACAGUCCAUUAUGUCCUGUAUGUAAUAAACUGCUACUUUCAUUUCAAUCGUUUUGACCUUUUAUUUCAUAAAGCAUUGCUACAUCAUAACAAUUUGGGGUGUUUGGAUAAUGUCCUUUCAGUUCCUAAACAACUGGGAAAAUGUAGGCUGUUAAAACAUUAGGUAUUUAGGAAACUAGUUCCAUAGAUGUACAUAGCUCUGAACAUUGAUGUAUUUUUCAAUCAUAAUUUAUAUCUAUGACGGCACAUAUGGCUAUAAGUAAUUGUAACAGAUAUUGUGAAUCUCAUCUCCAGCAGGUCUAUAAUGACUGGGCGGGGUCAUGGACGGACCACUCCCCCCUCCCCCACUACCACCUGUUAUAAUGACCAGCAGGGUUAGGGUUGACCUUUUUUUCUUUUUGGGCAGGAGCACUUCAGCCAAUGAGCUCAUGGGGCCAGUGGCCCUGACACCCCCCACCACCUGCCUGGGAUCAUGCCUCAUGCGCCUCAUGGCCAUUUUCACUGAAGGAAUUUAACCAUUCAUUGGAAAUUGGAGACUAAACUAAUUGGGGAACAUGACUCCCAUCUGUGGAGGAAGUCAGUGAAACAAAGGCUAAUAUUAAUCUUUCGCCUUAGAAUGUGGUUAGUAUGGUAAAUCACUAAUUAAGGACCUAUAGCAUGUUCCACCUGCUGAUAUGAUUGAGAAACACAAGGUCUGAACUAAACCAGGAGGAUUGAGUCUCUUGAGGCCCUGAGGAAGUAUGCAGCACAAUAAUAAAGUAACAUUACAGCCAAUACAGCUGCACCCAGAUUAAACAUGAGCAAGCUAAUAUGAACCAUGGAUCUAUGGUCCUGGUUUGUUAUUCCUGCUCAUAACUUCUGUCAUGUGCGUUCUGCAAAAAAUAGAACAGUCCAAGAUUUCUGGAGAUCGUGCUAUUCCUUAUUUCCAUGUCCUACCUUUUCCAGGAGUUCCCCUCCGGGGUGCGUCAAAGGAGAUCAAUUCUCCCUCGAAAGGCUAAUCUUAACAGUUCACAGAACUGAAAACCAAACCUUCAGAAUGAUGGCAAUGAGCAGCUGUUGAGUAUAUGGUAUUCAUUCUUAAACCUUCAUUCAAGGGUGGAUCUGGCAAUGCGAUCAUGAGGUCAUCCUAAUU